UGUGGGGGGGGGUCUUAUUUUCUUUACUCUUUACUUCAAAAACUAUGUCUAAAAAGAGUAAUAUUUUAUGUAUUUGAGGUCAGAGAUGAAGAGAGGGAGAGAGAGAGGACAAACAUUUAACAUUUUAGGUCAGCAUUGCAUCUAAUCAGCCAAUAUUGCAUAGCACUUCAUCUUUAUAACAUGGGAUUUUGACCAAAUAUAUUCACUCUUGAUAUUUGUAAUAUGUUGCAAGAUGCUAUUUAUUUAUUUGUUUUAUUAAUUCAUUUAUUUUGUGAAAAAUUACAGUUUUGGAUGGUUUGUAUGGUUAAAAAAAAAAAAAAAAAAAAUAUAUAUAUAUAUAUAUAUUUAAAAAAUACCUUAAAGUACAGAUGAGGAUGUAAAGCAAAUGUCUUUAAAAUAAACUGUGGAGCAUGCCCCGAUCGCUGAUCUUUCCCCUCUUACCUGUUUGACUCUAUGAUUUCUGUUAUUAAAGCACAUGCAUUAUUAAAUCCAGCAGUUUAACAUCAUAUUUCUGAUGAUCGCUGAUAAUAUAGCAAACAUAAGUUCUGGUUUUAUUGAGUAUGACAGUGUGUAUAAAUAGCAAACAGGAGUCGGUGGGCAGUAAAGGGCAGUGAUUCUCUGCUUAAGCUGCUCUGACAGAUGACCUUUGCAUCAGGGUUGAACUUCUGAUGGGUUUGACACACACUGCAUUAUUUCUCUACACUUUAUUUAUUUUCCACUGUUAGAGUAAUAUUGUAAAUGUUUGUGGGAAACUUCUAAUUCCUAUCACCAGCAGCAUUUUAUAAUGCAUCACUCAGCAUCUGUUGUACUAGACUCGAAAAGAGUUUAAAGUGUUAUUGUUACUAACGUUUCAGUGAGUAUGAAGCUCGCGCACGACGCCGCUGUGACGCGCCUCUGACCGCGGGAGCGCGCUUAGGAGACAGACGCGCUGCACGAGCUCAUGAUUAUAAUUUCAUAUUUCUGCUCCAGAAUGAACAAUAACAGCGAGAAUGAUCCCAGCAGCCCAGGAGAAGAGGUCAGGACUCUGUUUGUCAGUGGACUGCCGCUGGACAUCAAGCCCAGAGAGCUUUACCUGUUAUUCAGGCCUUUUCAGGGUUACGAAGGGUCCUUGAUCAAAUUUACCUCCAAACAGCCGGUGGGGUUUGUGAGUUUUGACAGUCGCUCAGAGGCGGAGGCCGCUAAGAAUGCCCUGAACGGCGUUCGCUUUGACCCGGAUAUUCCCCAGACUUUACGGCUUGAGUUUGCCAAAGCCAAUACCAAGAUGGCCAAGAACAAACUAGUAGGAAUACCAAACCCUUCGCCAUCCAGACAAAGUCCUGGCCCGCCCUGUGUCAGUCGAGAGCCCUAUGAGCUGACCGUUCCUGCGCUGUACGCCAGCAGUCCUGAGGUGUGGGCGUCUUACCCGCUGUACCCCACUGAGCUACCUCCGCCGGCGUACGCCUACAGCUCCUCGCUGCACGCUCAGAUUCGGUGGCUGCCGACCGCAGACGCAACCAAUCAGGGCUGGAAGAGCCGACAGUUCUGUUGAUGUCUGUAUGCUGCUGUGAACCACAGGACAAUCAGAACCUCCACAAGAACAGACCUCGUCCUCAUCUUCAUCCUCGUCUCAUCUUCGUCCUCGUCUUCAUCUCAUUCUUGUCUCGUCUCUUCUCUUCUCUUCUUACAUUGUGAAGUUCAUAGUUGAUAUAUUAUGUAUGAAUUAUAAUUAUUUAUGAUGAUAUUCUUAUUGGUUCAAUAAUUGCUGUAAGUUUUGAUGGGGUUGAUGCAUGAAGCCUUGCCAAAAAUAUUUCAAUAUUUACACAUUUUUAGAUAUUGCAUAUUCUCUUUUAUUAAUCAUUAUUAUUAUUAUUAUUAUUUUUAAGGAGCAAAAUAAGUAUUUUUAUAAUGAAUGAAAUGAAAUGUUUUCAGUGCCAUUUUAGUGUAAUUUUAGUAGCACUUUAUUUUACAGUCCUGUUACUCAUGAACACACUAUGUACUUAUUAUAGUAAUUACAAUAACUAGAUGCUAACCCUGAACCUAACUCUAGCCCAGAGAGUUACCUUAUAUUACCAGAACUUUCUUAGGUAAGUACACUGUAAGUACAUGUACUGUAAAAUAAAGUGCAACCAUAAUUUCUAUAUGUUGUUUCUUAUAUGUACAAUAAUGUUUUUAAUGGCUAUGAAUGUUUUAUUGAGCUUUCUUAAGCCUGCUUAAAUCAUUAAAAACACUUUGUGAGAAGUGUUUGAAAUCAGA